AUGGAUAGAUUUAAAUUUUUACGCAAAGCACGAGAACCUCGUAAGAUCUUAAAAGUAUCUCCUUCUAAAUAUGAAGCCUCCAAAGUGAUGCAAAGUAACAGAAAAUACUGGUGCAAUAUAUUAAACAAUUUGUCUGAUACUGAAUCAGGACCAAUGAAAGAAAAGGAAAUCAACCUUCUAUCGGAAAUUUUACCAAAUGAGCUCUGCAAAAAAGUUUGUAAUAUAUUGCACAUCGAUAUGACAUCGCAAGAAUCAAAGGAAAUGAACGAAAAUAAAGCGCAAAGUACACGUAGAUUAGAGAAAGAGUUACUCUUAUCACGUAGACAGAUUAUUAAUAUAAAUAGAGAUUUGGACUCUGAUACUGACGUCGAAUUUCUCUCAAGUGAUGACGAUGAAGAAAUAACAAAUAUACACCAGGAGUAUCUAAAAAAACCGGAACGACAGCAAAUCACAUGGACUACACACUACCUUGAGCCAGAAAAAGAAAACGAGAAGAGUUUAAUAAAAAAGGCCGAUGAUUUGACUGACAAAAUAGCACAUAAUUUUUGUGAUUACAUGAAGCAAUUAGGUGGUGAUCAACAAUCUCAACUUUUUACUCCAAAGGCUAUUAAAGAACUUUUUCAGAUUGAGUUUGAUACUCACGUGGCGAGAAGUCUUCAAGUAGUGCCCAAGGAGAUGCCUACAGUAGAAGAACGAAUUGCUAAUGUGACAGGAAAUCCAGAGAAAUCACUUUUUGCUGCUCUCGACCGUGAAAUAUCUAAAGACAUCAAAACUGAAGGUCAAUGUGAAAAACUAUGUGCUUUUAACCGCAGUCUGCCCAAUAAGGAACAAUGGCAUGUACCUCGAAACGACACCAAAAAUUUAUGGCGAUCAGCACGUCAUGUACCAGAAGAUCUUGUAACUUUGAAAACUGUAUGGGAAGGCAUUACGAACUUGAGGAGUGUUAAAGAGUAUUGUCGUUGGAUGAUAGAUCAUCCUGAAUAUCGAAGAGCACCGUACCUUACGAGUCUCGGCAUGUUUGACACCAAAAUACUUGACGCAAGACUCACCUUCGAGCUACAACAACAACUAUCACCAGUGGUGUCACCUACAGAUAUUCCAGCCCCCAUCGACCACAUCCGCAGACGACUCUCCGAAUUAGCCGAUACUACUAUAAAUGAA